AUGGGAACUUGUUGUACAAAUACUACACAGGAAAAGGAAUCCUUUACUGCAAUAACAGCUCCCAUCUACAUAAAUAAUGAAAAUUUGGAGAUCGGAAUGCAAACUAAAAUAAAAGAAUCGAAUGAAACUCCAAGUUCACCCAUCAGAUCUGAGAAAAUCGAUGUAUGGCUUAGCAUUCAAAUCUAGCACAGGAAGAGAACUAUGGAAGCAUUAAGAGUUAUAGAGGAGCGCUGAU